AUCAAGGACCUUGGGGGGCCAGAAAAUGUGAUAGAGGAGAUACGCCAGUCGAGACGCCUACUUGAGGGGCAGGUGCAAAGUACUCUGGCUAAACAAGAAUGGUUUACGAGAGGCACUUUGGUCAGACCCUCAGAAAGUGCACUGGCUAUGUCCAAUCUGAGUCAUCCUGACGAGCAGGCAAUUCGGCUGGUGUGA